UGCUGUCGUCGUGCCGUUGGGACUCAUUCAGUUUCCACUUUCGCUCCGAAUAACUUCCAAAUUAUUGUUCCGCAAAAAUUUUGUAAAACAAAAAAAAAAUUGUGUUUUUUUCCCUUAAAAUUAUAAUUUUUGGUGAACUCGAGUCAAAAAAUAAAAAUGUGUUCUCCUUGCGGUCCUUGCAGCCCCUGCGAUCCAUGCUGUGGCCCAUUCGAGUGCUCGCCGAAGUGCUACAAUGCGGCCCAGUUGGAGGCACUGCCGCAAUGUGCUCCGCGUAUACCGCCGCCCUUCCCCAAAUGCAUCACGGUGCAGCAACCGCCGCGGAUGAUCUGUAAGAAGCGGGUCGUGUUCACGGAAAAGAUUGUCCCGGAACCGAUGGUCGUGAACCGCUGCCGGCAGAUCACCAUCCCUAAAGUGGUUGACGCAACGAGGGUUAUCAAGGUUCCCAAACUCAUCUGGGUCUCGCAAAUGGUGCGUGAACCGAGGGUGAUCUACUAUCCAUCUAUGAUCCCCGAUCCCUAUGUGGUUUGCUAUCCCAAACGCGUCUGCGAGCCGCGAGAGGUGUGUCAAUCCAUUCUGUGUCAGCCGAAGCCACAGACCAUAGAUAUCCCGCCGCCCAGGGAGUACUGUUGCUAUCCCAACGGCCCCAUCAACUACAAACCCAGUGCCGCCUGUCCACCGUGCCCAAUUGGACCAUGUGCACGGGGACCCUGCUGCCCGUUGCCCUGCUUCUCCACAAACCAGUAUCCCAUCGCAGAAGGACGCUGCGGACCAUGCGGACCCUGCGGUCCAUGUGGACCCUGUGGACCUUGUGGACCUGGGGCAUGCGGACCAUGCGGACCACCACGCUGUGGUGGCGGUUGUGGUCCUUGCGCUGUGCCCAACUGUGGGCCCUGCGGCCUCACGAUGCCAUCGGGUCCCUUUGUGCCGUCACCAUGCGGACCCUGUUCUCCCGGCGGACCAUGCGGACCGCUUAGCAACUCGCCAGCAGGUGUGUGCGGACCCUGUGGCCCCUGCUCUCCCCCGUGUCCAUAUGAAUCGCCAGAGUGUGGGCCCUGCUAUCCAUGUGCUCCGACUCCAUGGAACACGCACUGCGGCCCCGUCGGACCAUGCGGACCACAAGUGCCAUGCGGUCCCUGCGGCCCCUGUUAAGAUGUGGAUCUGGAUUUCCGUUGUGGACGACUGGAUCGCCUGGAUUGCAAUUGCACGUUGUCAGAA